AUGCAGAUAUUACAUAGCCGAUCAACACUAAAAUCCAUGAGAAUGAGCAACAGGGAAAAUUUAAGUUUACUAUUCGGUAGUGAAAACCUAAAGAAUGAAACAACUUUCACAGCCUUAAUGAAUGAAAUUUCAGUGUCCGUAUCUUCUUGUUUUACUAAUGAACACAUUAAGUACCAGAAACACUGUUCUAAUUUUCCGCUCAUCACAAGUAAAACUGAUAUUGGAAACUGGAUAUCCGCGGGAGUUUUGAAAGUCACUCGAUUAACCAAACAACUGAGGCACCCUAGCUUAUCCAUUAAUAUUUCCCAAGCACCAGUUCUUCAGUUUCUGUGGUCGUCAGACCUAUAA